AGCCUAUGGCAUUCCACGAAAUUCUCUCGAUUUUCGCUGCCAUAGCAGCAGGAGCGCCGCGGAGAGAGUUGCCUGUCGCAGUUGUAUUGUAGAAAUCCUGCUGCAAGAGCCAGGUCAACACAGAAUAUUACUGGUAACGCUUUACUGUUAGCCGCAUUCCAUCAGUAGAUAGGAUACAUGUUGUGUAUUGUGUAGUGUUUCGUUCUAUCGAUCUAAGCUUCGUGCUUGGAGCAGAAAAUUGGGAGUGCCCUGGGUGAAGCAGCACAAGAGUCGAUAUGUCCGAAAAAAAGAUCGACUCAAAGGAGGACAUCUGCAGGAAGGACUCCCUGAACAGAGGACUUCUAAUGGUCCCCACGAACGUGAAAAGAAUCCACAGCUUCCCCCUGAACCACAAAAGGACGGGCUCUACAGGAACCACGGGCGACGAAUCCUACACCACAGACGAGGAUGAGGGCGACAUAGAAGACGUGGACUUUGACAUAUCCAACCACAAACCAUCGAACUAUUUCUCCAACGAUUUCGGAUCAUUCUCAGGCAUAUCGACCAUCACGGAUGGCAUCAACCACACAAGUCUGAUGCAUCGCAACAGCUCCAACAUAUCUGUGUACAGCGAUUUGGAAAAGUGUGGUGACGAUAGUGUUGAUUCGAAUGGUGGUAGUACUGCGUUUGGUGAAAUCGAAGGUGAUUAUAAGUGCGAAACCACAGACUGGGCUAAGGCGUCGUCUGUGAGAAACGUGGAUAAUUUCACUUUCUCAGAAUUGAAGAUUGGUUUGAGGCAAGCGCAUAGGCAGCUUAAGGCACGAAAGGAGGAAAUACACAAGUUGGCUAGGAUUAAACAGGAAGUGGAAGUCGAAUUAGAGGAUCUGACAGCUAGUUUAUUUCAGGAAGCACACAACAUGGUACGAGAAGCAAACGAAAAACAGACAGCUGCUGAAAGGGCUUUGAGGGAAAGCGAGAUGAAAGUGGAGGUGCUGAUGGCAGAAGUUUCUGCUUUGAAAACAUUGGUUAUCACAUCGACACCAAGUAGGCCAAAUCCGCACUUGCAUCCACAAAUCGAUAAAAACGAAGCAAAUGCAGCAAACAGAAAACAUAAUCGUUCACCUUCACAUUCACAUUUCAUUUAUGGAAGAGGAGAUCUGCCUUCAUCACCAACUAAGUCAGAGAGUCCUGAAAAAUCAUACACUAUCAAAAGUGGAAUAGAGAUCGAUCCGUUAUUUUAUGACGAAUUCAUUUUAUGGAAAGAAAAGCCGAAAUUGGAUAAGACAUCUGCGUUCAUCUCCAGAGUAUACAAGGAAGAUAUACAGUUAUGUCUGUCAUUCCCUAAUUUAGAUCUGACUGAUAAAGUGUUGGAGGCGGUUGAAACCGGAACCAUUUUAAUUGAGGAUCUAGGAGAAAAAUCGAAAGACUUCCAGAGAGAUUGUGCCUUAAUGAAAGUGCCAAAAAUUUGUUUACAUAGAAUGAAUCUGGGAAAUGAGAAUGAUGAUUGGUAUAACAUAUCGCAAAUUUGUAGGAAUAGGAUAACUGCUGUCUGUGAUUUCUUGAAUUACCUUACAUAUAUUGAAAGAGGGCUAGUUAAAAGUUCAGCUCAAGAUAUGUUCUACGAAGUGAUGAGGUUGAGAAAAAAUAUGGUUUUAGGAAGGAUGGGUUUUCCAACGAAUUCUUGACUGAUUUAUAUGACAUAAAGAGGUUCUGAAACCAUGUUCUCUAAUAGAGACCAAAGAUUUUGAAUAUGUUUAUAAUGAAAAUCUUGAAAAACGCGAAAUGAGGUUUGAACAUUUUGCAGAUAAUCUUCUCCUUAUAAAGAUGUGAUAAGCCAUAUCAAUUGUUUAUUCAUUUCAAAUUCGCAAGAAUCGUAUUUGAUACAAUCCUAUUGUUGUUAUAGUAGAACGUUAAAUUUCUGUGAUAUAUUCUAUUCUAAAUAUUAACUGGAAUAUAUAACUAUUAAUUUUUUUCCUCUUGAGUGAAAAUCACAGAGAAGAAAAAGCGACUCAAAAUUACAUUGAUAUUGCAUGGAAAAAUGUUGUAUCAUACAUAUGGGACCACGUAUCCGAAAACUUGGGAAUUCUGUUUUCAGAAAUUUUUUUUGAAUAUGUUCUGUUUUUUGUCAUACCCACUGAUUACAAAUAUUCUUUCAACAAUUACAAACAGAAAAUAUGUAGGUAAAAUAUAUCUGAUCAAUACAUACAUAAUAAGAAGAUUUAUGUUUUUCUUUCAAAUGCGGUGUUCAGAUUCAGAAAAAUUCUAAGGGUGAACUCUUGAAUAUGUGCAAUUCUUCUCUCAAAUGUUCGAUUAUGAAAGAAAUAUAUGAUCAUUCAAAUCCAUAUGUUUGUUGAUAUUGUUCUCAAUACUAUGUAUAUAGGAGAUUUAUAGAAUUUGUUGUAUAGAUAUAUUAUCAUAGAUAUUAUAUGUGAUGCUCAAACCUUCAAAAAAUUUUAUGAAAUUGUAUUGCUGUUUUCGAAGAAUAUAUGAUGAUCCCCA